AUUUAAAGAAUGUAAUCGUUAGUGAAGUGUUACGCAACGAAGCAAACGUGAUAACAACAAAAAGAUAAUCCAAAACUGCACAAACACGUCAGUAAUACUAUUAAAACGUUUUAUCUCGCGUGCACAAUGGUACUCUCAAUGGAUCGAUGGGUGGGUAAAGUGGCCGUUGUAACCGGUGCUAGCGCUGGAAUUGGGGCAGCGAUUGCAGAUGCUCUUGUCGAAAACGGUUUAAUUGUGGUUGGUAUAGCUCGUAGAGCUGACCUCAUCGAAAAACGCGCUAAGGAGUUAUCAAACAAAAAAGGAAAACUUUACGCUUUCAAAGCUGACCUUACUCGCGAAGACGAAAUUCUGUCAGCUUUUAAAUGGACUGAAGAUAAUUUAGGGCAUGUGCAUGUUCUUGUCAACAAUGCCGCGUUUAUAUCUGAAGAAUUAUUAGUCGAAGGGAAUACAGAAACCUGGAAGAGAAGUUUCGAUGUAAAUGUAUUAGCCCUAUGCAUUGCGACAAGGGAGGCGGUUAAAAUAAUGAGGGAAAAUGAUAUAAAGGGGCACAUCGUCCACAUUAAUAGUAUUUCAGGACAUAACGUUGUGUAUGUGCCUAAAAACAAUGUUUAUACAGCAACAAAAUUUGCAGUUACUGCCCUGACUGAAACCUUAAGACAGGAGUUAAAUGUUCUGGGUAGCAAAAUUAAAGUCAGCAGUGUUAGUCCCGGUCUUGUAGUGAGCGAAAUGACGCUUCAGGGUACAGGCGUAAGUGAUGAAAGAAGGAAGAUAUUCGAAGUUCUACCAAUUCUGCAAGCUGAAGAUAUAGCAGAUGGGGUUGUUUAUGUUUUGUCUACACCAGAGCAUGUUCAAGUACAUGAACUCACAAUCAAGCCAGUAGGAGAAACUUACUAACUGUAUAUUAUGAAUAAAUGCAAAUCAUAUCUAUGCUGUCCCUAUAUAAAAUCUGUAUAUAACAUGAAAUACUUAUAUGGAAUAAAAUAAUAAAUAAAAGAUGUUGUGAAAUUUG